AUGAAUUCAUCACUGCCGCCUUCUCCUUCGCCUCAGAAACUUAGCCCAAGCCUUGAGAACAGCACCAUUCAGAAACAGAGGCAAGAACUCCAUCUUUUAAUUGCAGAACUGAAAGAUCGUGAUAAGGAACUCAAUGACAUGGUUGCAGUGCAUCAGAGACAGCUUCUAGCCUGGGAAGAUGACCGGCAAAAAAUACUGACUUUAGCAGAACGAUGCAGCUUAUUAAACAAUGAGCUGAACAAGAGAAAUGAAGUUAUAAAAUCACUGACCAAAAGGUUAAAGUUCUUAGAAUCUCAGCAGAAUGACAGUAAGACAACAUUUGAAAAUACACAACGGAAGUUUAAAGAGCUGUCUCAAAAAGUAACAGAUGCAACUGUUCACUGUCAGGCUCUGGAGGAGAAAAAUCAAAGUCUCCACUGCUCCGUUUUGGAACUGUCUGCUAAAACAGGCCAGCUGCAAGCGAGAGAACAGGAGCUACUUACUAUGCUUAAGCUGAAGGACGAGGCUAUACUUGAAACAACCGAUCACAUUACUGAGUUUACAUCUAAAUUCAAAAAGCUGGAAAGUGCAUUGCAUGCAGCAAAGGCGGAGGAAUUCAGUCUCAACAAAGAAAAACAAGACCUCAAACUGAGACUGAAAGAAUUAAUACUUGAAACAAAUAAGCUGAAAGAUGACCUCUGUGAAAAGAUGAAAGAAAAUAAUAAGCAGCAGGAAGAAAUCACUCACCUCAAACAAGAAAAUGGCUGCUUGAGGAAUGAGCUCACACUUAUUGUUGAGAAAGCAAAGAGAAAGGAUCAACUUCUUCAGUUUGCCAAGUCAAAACAAGCGCGGACUGACACAGAACUAUCAAGUUUGCGACAGAUCUAUGUAAAGCAGCAGCGUGAUUUGCAAUUUCUUCAUGUCAAUUUGGAGAGCUCUCAGGAAUUAAGGCAAAAGCAUGAAAAGGCGGCACAUGAAAGAAGCAUAGGUAUGGCAUUCUCUGCCCCUGAAAGUAGCAGCGAGACAGACAUGGUUAGGACUGAGGGCACCCAUGGGAUAUGCGAGGAGUGUGGAACUGCACAAGUUCCAAAAAGUAGGGCAAAAACCACCUCUGAGAUGCGUGAAGUAGAUAAUAGACUAUUACUGAAUGCAUCAGACUUGGAGGAAACUACCUCAGCGUACUUAAACCGGUGUCAAAAAGUUGUGAAAGUCUUGGCUGUCCUUACGGAAGAAGAAGAAAAGCAGGAUGUUGCAUCAAUUUCUGAUGAGCUAGGCAGCAAAGUAUUUUGUGAGGCGAACAACACAAGGCCAUUGAGAAACAGGGAAGUUUCUGAGAAUGGAGUGGAAAGCAGAGACCAACAAACCUUUGAGUCAUCUUUACCCGAAUAUGAGCAUUGGCUUAAUGUCGGUUCUUGUGUAGAUUCGCAAAGUACUUUGAUCCAGAACACCGUCACAUCUGACAAAACUGAUAAUGAAAAUAAAACCUGGGAAGAGAGAACUGAAAUUCUGUUUGGCCAAAAAACCAGAGAGACUCCUGUUGCAAUUCGCAAGUCUGAAUCUGAUUCCUGUAGUAAUAACUUCAUCAUUAAAAAAGAUGCAUGGUGGAAGCCAGUAUCAGAUCUGGAAUGGUUGAAGAUUUUCAAACCCAAGAAAGGAGAUGGAAGUAUAUGGCAUGGAAAAGAUUGCAACUGUCACAAGACUGCACAGGAGAUGAAAUGUGCCAGCUCAAAAAGUGAAGAAAAUGUGGAUCUGAAUUCUUUUCACUUGGAUUCUCCCUGUUUGACAUCCACCCAGAAAGGAGACAGGCCUCAAAGGUGUGAGAAAUUCUUCGAUGAAGACUUCCCUCUGGAGAUCAAUAACCCUUCAGUGACUAAGCCAACAAAUAGAUGCUGCAGUGCUACCAUGGACCAAGACACCAGUUCCCCCAUAAGUAAGCUGCAGCAUGCAUUGGCCGAGACUCGACAGAUGGUUGCUGAUCUGGAGCUUAACACUCUCCUCCACGCAAGCCCUCGCUGCAGUCCAAACAGCAGCAGCAUUAAUAUGACAACAGAACUUGCAGAAGCUCUUCACAGAACCCAGUUAUCUGCUGCAGAAGAAAGAGAUGCUAAGCUUCCAUUCUUUUCUCUAUGA